AGGAUGUACGAGAAACUUCACAUUGUCGGGGAAGGAAGUUUUGGGGUCGUGUACCGGGUGCGGCAUGUAGCGACACGGAGAGUGUUUGCUAUGAAGAAGGUGUACAUGGAGAGGAGCAAGGAGGGCCUGAGGACGACAGCCUUGGACGAGAUCUGUGCGCUGAAAGAGAUCCGCCACCCCAACAUC